UUGUCAGUUGAUAGAUACCAAAUUAAUCCUCCCAUUGAAAAAUUCUUAUACAACAAGACAGACUGGACAAAAUACAAUGAGCUGUCUAUAACUGCUUUUUCUAAUUUUGAAGUUAAUAAUGAGAAUCCAUUACAGUCAUAUGAUGAAUUUAUUGAAAGGCUUGAUACACUUAGGAGAGAUACUGUGCCAAAGUUUGUCAAAGCAAACAACUAUCGUUGCAAACCUCCAGCACCUUGGUGGAGUGACACAUGUGAACAGAGUGUUAUUAAAACUUAUGAAGCUUUAAAACUGUACAGAAGAGAUCCAACCAUUGAUAAUUACAUUAAUUACAAAAGACUUAAUGCUGUUAAGAAAAAGACUAUUUCAGAACAUAAACGCAAUGGUUGGGCUAACAUCUGUAAUACUUUUAACAGAACUACACCUGUUAGUAUUAUUUGGAAAUACAUCAAGUUAUUUAAACGAAUAAAAUGCAAUAAUAGAACAUAUAAAGACGAAUUUGUAGUCCCUCUUUUAGACAAAUUAUCUCGAAAUGGAUGUAGGGUUAUUGAUAAUCUAGAAAGUUAUUUUCAAAUUAAUAAUAGUCUUCAGAAGUCCAGUUUCCUCAUAGAACCCUUUACUUGGAGUGAGUUUUGUACAAGUUUACAAUCCAGACGAAACACAACCCCUGGUUUAGAUAAUUGUCCAUACAUUUUGAUCAAAAACCUAAAUCAGUCCGUACAAAAGAAAUUAUUAGCUAAUCUUAAUGCUCUUUGGCACUUAAAAAAAAUUCCUGAAUCUUGGAAAACACAGUGUGUAAUCCCUCUACUUAAGCUUGACAAGCCACCUGAAGAUCCUAAUUCAUAUCGUCCUAUAUCUUUGUCAUCUUGUGUUGGAAAGCUUAAUGAAAACAUGAUAAAGAUGCGUCUUGAGUGUUAUGUAGAGGCGAACAACAUCAUUCCACAUGUUCAAUAUGGCUUCCGGAGAGGCAGAAGUUGUGCUGACAGCUUCAUCUCUCUCUUGUCAGAUCUGAAAUAUGCCAAUAAUAAUAAUAAGUCCAGUGUUUGUGUUUUUCUGGAUAUUGAAGGUGCGUUUGAUAAUGUAGAUCCUGGCAUUUUGGUUCAAGUUCUUUCUGACAUUGGUAUACCAGGCAUACUUUGCCAUUGGUUAUUUAAUUUUUUAAUAGAUAGAACUUUGUAUAUAAGGCAUAAUAAUAUUCUCCAUGGUCCCAGAAGGGUCUCCAAAGGUACAAUGCAGGGGGCUACAUUAUCUCCAUUAUUGUACAACAUAUACACUAUACAAAUUCUUAAUUUUCUAAAUAUAGAAGGUGUAAAUAUUUUACAAUUUGCGGAUGAUCUUGUAAUAUAUUGUACAGACCAUAAUGUAGAUAGAGCUGUAAAUAGUAUAAAUAAUGCUUUAGAGCAAUUGUACAUAUAUUAUAAUGACAAGUUGGCUCUACAGAUUAACCCUAACAAAAGCAAGGCCAUGAUUUUUAGUAAAGAUUUUCCCUCUAAUGGCAUACUCUACAAUAAUCAUCCAAUUUCAGUUGUAUCUAACCAUAAAUUCCUGGGUGUUGUCAUUGAUAACAAACUUUGUUUUAAUUUACACAUCAAUCACAUUACAACUAACUCUCUUAAGGGCUUAAAUAUUAUAAGAUGUUUAGCUGGUGUGACUUGGGGUGCAGACCCCAAAGUUUUAAUGGGGAAAUUAUAA